GAAAAACAAAAAGAAAGAAUAGCUUUUUUUUUCUGUGGCUCCAUCCUCAACGAGUUCUGCAAAUAUACGUGUUACUUUUCAGCAGCUUUGGUAAUUUUUGUAAUUAUUCUGGAUCUAUACAGGAGACUUUAUGUUGGGUUAAUAACACAUGUAAAGACGGAACCGCUACAGCAAACAAACCCGGGUUCGGAAGAGCGCGCCCAGCCGAGCUCAGAGUCCCGGCUACCGGACAGCCCCUUCGAGUACUCCCCGCUCCCGGUCCCCCACCACAGUCGCAUCAGUCCCCAGCCCCCCACACAGAACACAAUUCAGCGCGAGGCAUUCACACCAGACAUGCCAUGUGUGCAGGCACAGUAUGGGCCCGCCCCUCCAGGCUCGUCCUACUCCGCCCAGUCCUUUGGUUACCAGGGCGACAGCUACAGCUCUGACCUCAUGACCCCGGACUAUACCAAGUUGGACUUGGGGGGUGAGAUCUCGGCGGCCGCCACCACCUCUCUGCCCAGCUUCAACGUGUUUGUUGAGGGGAGCUACGAGCCCAAGUCCUCCUGCCUAUACCAGAUGCCCUCCCAUAGGCCGCUUAUCAAGAAGGAGGAUGAGUCCUACCCACAAUCUGACACCAUGCCCUCCUCCUCCAUGUACUUUAAACAGUCUCCUCCAUCCACCCCCACCACCCCCUCUCUCGCCCCCCAGCCUGGCUCCUCCUUCCUCUGGGAUGACUCCCCCCACCUCUCCCUGCAGCCCCCCUCCCAUGGCCCCCUCAAGUCCGCUCGCUUCCCCCACUUCUACCAGCACUCCCCUCCCCACAGUGGGGGGUACGAGGGGCUGGGAGGGGGGCUGCCUCGCUCUUCCUCCUCAUCCUCUUCCUCGUCCUCAUCUGUGCCCCCUCACCCCCACGGCCCACCCCUGGAACAGCACCUGUACCACCUGCACCGCGGGGUGGGGGGUCCGGGGGGCCCGGGAGGACUGGCCUUCCGUUCUCUGGCACUGGGGUCCUGUAACCCUCUGCUGGGGGACCGCCUGCCCUCCCCCCAUCGCGGCCCCCCAGGAGAGGGCACCUGUGCCGUGUGUGGCGACAACGCUGCCUGCCAGCACUACGGUGUACGCACCUGCGAGGGCUGCAAAGGCUUCUUCAAGCGUACGGUGCAGAAGAAUGCCAAGUAUGUGUGCCUGGCCAGUAAGAACUGUCCGGUGGACAAACGGAGACGCAACCGCUGCCAGUACUGCCGCUUCCAGAAGUGCCUCAGUGUCGGCAUGGUGAAGGAGGUGGUGCGUACAGACAACCUGAAGGGCCGUCGAGGUCGUCUGCCCUCCAAACCAAAGAGCCCGCUGCAGGCGGAGUCCUCGCCUCCCUCGCCUCCCCUCAGCCUGCUCUCUGCUCUGCUCAGGGCCUACUCACACUGCACUCCCAGGGAACUAGACUACAGCCAGUUCAGUGCGGCGGAAGCCCCCUCCUCCUCCUCUGACACCCAGUACAUACAGCUCUUCUAUAGGCUACUCACCAUCUCCAUGGAGACCACGCGUUGCUGGGCCGACCGGCUACCUGGCUUCAAUGAGCUUCACGGCGAUGACCAAAACCUUCUCAUAGACUCCGCCUUCCUGGAGCUCUUCGUCCUGCGAUUGGCCCACAGGUCUUUGUUGUCGGAGGAUAAGCUGGUGUUCUGUAAUGGCCUGGUGCUGAGCAGGUUCCAGUGUCUGAGAGGUUUUGGAGAGUGGCUGGACUCCAUCAGAGACUUCUCCUCUCAUCUACAGAGUCUCAACCUGGACACAUCCGCCUUCUCCUGCCUGGCUGCCCUGGUGCUGCUCACAGAGCAGGUCCCAGGACUGAAGGACAGUAAGCGCGUUGAGGAGCUGCAGAACAAGGUGGUCUGUUGCCUUAGAGACCACCUGGGCUUUGGCCCCUCCUCCUCCUCCAAGGCCACGCUCCCUCUAAGUCGUGUGCUGGGUGUUAGGGCGGAGCUCCGCUCCCAGAGGACCCAGGGUCUGCAGAGGAUCUUCUACCUGAAGCUGGAGGACCUAGUCCCACCCCCACCUCUGAUUGACAGGUUCCUAGACACUCUGCCCUACUGAUGCUGCCUGGGCUGAUUAUGCCCACACAUACAUGUCACAUCCUGUUUAAGACA